AUGACUGAAUCAGAUUAUGAAGAAGGAUUUCAACUUGUGAAUGAUAUAAAUAUUGGUUAUUCAAAAUAUGGAAAUGGACCUAAUUAUAUAUUAUGUGUUUGUGGGGCUGUUGGUUGUUAUGCAAAAGAUUGGCCAUUGAAGUUGAUGAAACAUUUUCCGGCAGAUUAUGUGACGAUUGUGGCAAUUGAUCCACCGGGUUAUGGAACAUCGAGACCACCAGAUCGAGUUCAGGAAAUUAAUCGAUGUAUGAAAGAUUCGGAAUAUUGUUUGGGAUUGAUGCAGGUAUUAAACAUACAAAAACUUACAGAUCAUUUCGAUUUUUUCCAUAACACGAGAACUAAACCCUACAGGAGUUUUUUUUUUGAAAUUGAUUUCUCGAAAUUUUUACUCGAAUUUAGCGAUAUGUGAAGAAAUGUCUCUUUACGAGAAUGAAAUGUUGUGCCAAAAUUAAUUAGUUUUUGUUUUUUCGACUUUGAAAAAAUGAUCAUACAAAUGUUAUACGACUGCUAAUCAAAAAUCUAAUUUUAAUCCACUGUGUCAUAUUCGCACGAAACGUAUUUUCUCAGAUAUUUAGAUAUCUAUUUUUUGUUUAGGCUUUGAACCUCGUACCGUUCACAAUAAUGGGUUGGUCUGAAGGAGCCCGAACAUCUGUUCAUGUAGCUGCGAAAGGAAAAGAAAAAGUAAAUCGAAUGAUUCUUUUGGCUGGCGCAACAAAAGUCAAUAAAUUAGGAGCACUGGCAUUCAAAGGAAUGCGAGAAACUAAUCACUGGUUACCAAAUGCUAGACAACCAUAUUUGGAUUUCUAUCCUGAAUCGUAUUUGAGAACACAAUGGGCCGCUUUAUGUGAUGUUGUUCAACAGUAAGCAUUUUCCGAAAUUACCUGAAAUGUUGAACUUUUGCAGAGUUCACGAUUUUUGUGGUGGUCGAUUUCCAUCGGAUCUUGCUCUAACACAAGUCAAAUGUAAAACAUUGAUUCUGAAUGGUGGAAUGGAUAGAUUUUGCGGUGAUCCAACUACAAACUUCAUUCCAGUGCUCAAAGAUCUUAUGAAACUUGAAGUUCAUGCGCAAGGUGGACAUGAUUUCUAUCUCAAGUAUCCAAAAUGGUUCUCAACAAAAGUCAUUGAGUUUUUGAAAUCAACACAAAAAUAA